UAAUUAGCUAUUAACUUUAACACAUUUUAGAAUAGUGUUAGCCUAUAAUAACGCAAUGGUCGAGCGUGUGGCUCUUUUUAAGUAGCACACGUUUAAUGGAACCUUUUCUGUUAAAUGAAUGGAUCUCUGCCAGGUUUGUGCAUGGGUUUGUGGAGGAAAUAUUUCAGUGUGACACUUGGUUUCAGACACAAUUCCGUUUCCAGCUAUUUCUACGGUCGGAGUUAAAAAGCGACCGAGACUAUUCUAGAAGAAGUAGUGAGACUUAAGGACUGUGACCGUCAGAACAGAGAUACUGCGUUUGCAGACACUUUAAAAUUUGCCUCUCGCGGAAGUGAUCUUUGCAUUUUGGUUGGGAUCAUAGCACUCAAAUAACGUUGGUAGGUAAAAUUACUGUUUUUCCCGUUUGAACAACCAUGGCCAAAUGGGGAGAAGGGGACCCUCGCUGGAUUGUGGAGGAGAGAGCCGAUGCGACCAACGUCAAUAACUGGCACUGGACAGAGAGGGAUGUGACAAACUGGUCAUCAGACAAGCUGAAGGAGCUCCUCAUAGGGGUGCAUGUGGAAAAUGAUGAGGGAAGCUGUGAGGUCACAGAGGUCAGCAAGCUGGAGGGAGAGGCCUCUAUCAACAACCGCAAAGGGAAGCUCAUAUUCUUCUAUGAGUGGAACAUCAAAGCCAUGUGGACCGGAAGGUCAAAAACUGGAAUCAAAUAUAAAGGCAACAUAGAAGUUCCAAACUUCUCAGAUGAAAAUGACAUGGAGGAUUUGGAUAUAAGUGUGAUGCUUUGCAAAGACGAGCCAGAAACUCCUCUUACUGGGCUCAUGAAAAAGGAGGGGGCGAAUAAAAUCCGAGUUGCACUGGGGAGCUACGUGGGUUACCUUAAAACAGAGUUUACUCAAGGCAUGAUCCUCCCCACGGCGAAUGGUGUGUGCAAGCAGCAGUCAUCACAGUCCAAGGCCAAAGUGGACAAAACCCAGAUUGGCUCAGGUAGCUCAGCCCCCCCACCCAGCACUGGGGUAAAGAUUCCCACCUGCAAGUUCAGCCUGAAGGAGACCUUUCUCACCUCCCCUGAGGAGCUCUACAGAGUCUUUGUCAACCAGGAGAUGGUCCAGGCAUUCACACAUGCAGCAGCAACAGUGGACCCACAGACAGGGGGAAAGUUUCGCUUGUUGGAUGGGAACGUCUUUGGAGAGUUCCAGGAGCUGGUUCCUGAACAAAAGAUUGUCAUGAAGUGGAGAUACAACACCUGGCCCUGUGAUCAACUCGUUUUGAAAAGACAGUUGGUGUAGUAUGCCUGUUCCACAUCAACAUUCAUUCUCUGGAAUCCGUUUGCACCCCUAGAACAUUAUUCCACGAUCACCCUGAACAUUUUGGACCAUGGAAAUGAGACCGAACUGAAGUUGGAGUGCAAAGGGGUGCCAGUGAGCGAGGAGGAGAGUACAAAACGGGGUUGGCGGCAGUAUUACUUUGAGGCAAUCAAACAGACUUUUGGUUAUGGAGCGCAGCUCUACUGAAGACACGCUGCAUUGUAUUAUUCCUCUUAUAUGACCGAAGAAUUAGGAACUGCGCAAAAUGUAAAGAAAAAAAUGAAAAAUGUCAUUAGUUUAUGUGUUGAAACGCUUUCAUUUGUAGAUGUUAUUCUUCUAGCACCUGCUGUACAGCGAGUAUGAAUGAACGGUGCCUUUCAGGGUGGAAGAUCUUUACAGGCGCUACAACUCAGAGGGGUUGGUUGAGUUCAUAACAUGAGAGUGGGAAAAAAAGGAAACCACUGAAUCAUUGUUUCUGAUGUAUAUAUUUAAAGAAAUGUUUUAUGCUUGCUUUGUCAUUUUUUACUUGCGCACAUUAAAUUUCAUAAAGUAUGUUGAUAUCAGUAAAUGUAAUUUUUCUUGAACUUUUGUUCUCUUUAAAGAUCACGUCACUGGUUCUAUAUGAAUGUCCAUCUUCUUAAGUACUGUGUUCAUAUCUGAUGUUUGUGUUCAUGCCUGAUGCUACCUUUGAAGCCAGAACUCAAACCCAGGUAUUAAGUCAACCUUCAGACAAGUGCAAGGCACUGUGCUGUUCCCUGUCCAAUUUGAAUCAUGUUAAUUUUAUUUGGUUCUUUGCAUUUGGAUGAGACUUUAUUUUCUUCUAGGAAAUGAACUAUAAAUCAGGCUACAACUGAAAACUGUAAUUAAAUAAAAUGACUUCUAAUUAGAAGCCUAAAAAAAUGUGUUGCUGUGAACAUAUUUCCUAUGCAGACUCCUCAUUAUAGUUGUAAUGCAGAGGACUAUCCUUUUGGUUUGUUACAAAAUGUAUAUAUUUGAAGAAGUAAUAUAUGUUCUUUGAGAGCAUAGUUAACCAUGUUUUAAUUUAUUUCAAUAUUUCAACCUCUGCAGUAUUCUUUGUGACAUGACCCCACUUCUUACAAUAAAAAUCUUUCAUCCUCUGUGCA